ACACACGCACGCGCGCGCGCACAUUCACAAGCCGGAGCCCAAACGGGGAAUGGCGUUUUGUUUCUUUUUUCUUUCAUUUGUCUCCUUUUAAUCGAUGACAUCUCGUCCACGCUUUGUUGUAUUCUCCUUCCUCUCCGGAUAUUGUUACUGAGCGACACGGUCCAUGCUGCUGCUGCUACCGCGGCGCUACUUUGACAGUCGGGGUCGUAGUUAGCAGCACCAUCGCGUUUAGCACGGAGACAACCUGGAGGAUUCCCAACGAGGACCUCGACAGACGGACUCAACACGGGAUACUAACUAAAGUACAGACCAUGCUGCUGCACUGAGGCUCAAGGCAUGAAAACGAAGGGCCCCAGAGGACUGCUGAGGUGCUGACUGGCAUUUUGAGAAAUUAAGCAUCUGCUAUGGGCUGCACCUCACCACCAGCUGCAGCACAGCCAAGAUCACAACCUUAGCCGGCUCCUUCCUGUGCGUGGUCCCCAUCCCAACUCACUGUACAGUCCAGCGUACAUUUGGUACCACCGAGAGCCACUCCUGGGUCUUCACACCCAACCCCCACCCUUUCUCCCACCCUCUCCCCCUCCCCUAAGAAGAUGUCAGUGAGCCUGACAACAGACAUCCAGCUGGAGGGAGAGAAUGGGCCGCUCAUUGAGCCCUGCAGCCGAGGCAAGACCUCCCCUCAACCACAAAGUAACAAGGAAGGAACAGGAGAAGGCCUUGAGCCAGAGGAUGGUGUCCCCCAGGAUACACAGAAACGAGUGCCAAAUCACAGUCAUGGCAGAAAAAGGGCCAAGUCAAAUGCGAAACUGAAGCUGGUCAGGGGCCUUGCUGUCUGUGAGGAGUCUUCUGGUCCAUUCUCCACUGAUGGGCCACCAGAUUCGGACAUCAUUCAGCUUCAUAUCAGCUGUCCAUCUGACAAAGAAGAAGAAAAGUCCUCAAAGGACGAUUAUGAAAAUGAAGAAAAAGAAAAGAAGGACAAGACUCCUCGGAAGAUGUUGUCCCGUGACUCCAGUCAAGAGUACACUGACUCUACGGGCAUCGAUGUUCAUGAAUUUCUGGUCAAUACACUGAAGAACAAUCCCAGGGAUCGAAUGAUGCUGCUCAAACUAGAACAAGAUAUCCUGGAGUUCAUUAAUGACGACAACAAUCAGUACAAGAGGUUUCCUCAGAUGACAUCGUAUCAUCGUAUGCUGCUACACCGCGUGGCUGCUUAUUUUGGAAUGGACCACAAUGUGGAUCAGACGGGCAAAGCUGUCAUUAUCAACAAGACUGGAAACACACGAAUCCCGGAGCAAAGGUUCUCCGAACACAUCAAAGACGAGCGGGCGAUGGACUUCCAGAAGAAAUUUAUUCUGAAGAGAGACGACGCAAGCAUGGACAAAGACGAUAAUCAGAUCCGUGUGCCGCUGCAGGACGGGCGGCGAAGCAAGUCUAUUGAAGAGCGUGAGGAGGAAUAUCAACGGGUACGAGACCGGAUCUUUGCCCGAGAAGUUUCCUUUUUUUUACAGUCUUCUCAAAACGGUUACAUCAACGACAACAGACUUUCCACUGAGGGCUACUGCUCUAGCUCUCAAAAGAGGAGGCAGAUCUUUAGAGGGAAUCGAGAGAGCUCAAGUCGGGCAUCCAGCAGUCGUCAAAGCAGCACAGACAGUGACAUGAAAUGCCUGGACCCUCGGCCCUGGAGUAGCACUGAUUCCGACAGUUCAAAUCGCACGCUGCGGCCACCUGUCACAAAGGCCAGCAGCUUUUCAGGAAUCUCCAUCCUCACCAGAGGAGAUAGUCUUGGCAGUAACAAAGGCUCUCAAGGAAACUGCAAAGGCUCCCGCUCCGCCUCUCAGUCCAGUCGUAGCCUGCUCCCCUGCCCACAGCAGCAGCCCCAGCCACCCCCUCAGACAGCCCUGCUGCCUACGCCUCAACACACAAUUGGAAACCACAUGAUUGCUCAGCCAGUGGCAUCUCUACAGCCCUCUCAGCCUGUCUCUUAUGCCAGCCCCUCCUGCCCCCAGGUUCUCCUGCCAGUUUCUCCUCCCCAGCAGUACACAAUGGGAGAAGAACUGGCCCCCCAGUUCAGCCAGAUGACGCUGAGUCGUCAAAGCUCCAAUGAGAAUCCAGAGCCUCCCCAAAUGUACCAGGCGACGCCUACUGUGCUGUCUCAGCACCCGCCACCUCAAACCAGUUAUGUCAUGGCCACGACUGGCCAUCCGAUGCCUCCGUCUGGAUACCAGCCGGCUGCUGGGCAUCCCCAUCCUCCACCGCCGCCUCCACCUCCAUCCCAGCAGGUCAUUCAAGCCCCUCCUCCUCCACAAGGAUACAUGCAACCGCCUCCACCACAACAGAUACAGGUGUCAUACUACCCUCCUGGUCAGUAUCCGAGCACCGGCCAGCAGUACCGUGUGCCCCAGCCCAUAUCGCACCAGGUGUCUUAUUCUGCUCAGCGCGCACAACCCAUGCCUCAACCCACACAGCAGUCAGGUCUCCAGACUAUGAUGCCCAGCCAGCAGCCAAGCUAUCAGGGCAUGAUUGGGGUGCAGCAGGCUCCAAACCCUGGUCUAUUAAAUUCCCAGAGGGCAGGAAUGGGAGGACAAAUGCAAAGCAUCAUGGUUCAGUAUCCUCAAAUGCAGUCAUAUCAGGUGCCAGUGGGAAAUGAGAAUCAACAGGUGGUGCAGCAGCCGUAUCAGCAGCAGGUGAUGGUGCCGGUCAGCCAGUCUGUCCAGGGCCCCAUGCCUGUUUACUACAGUGUUAUCACACCCACACAGCAGAAUAGCACAAGCCCGUCAGUGGGUUACCUACAGCCGCCCAGCUCAGAACAAUAUCAAAUUACACCCUCACCGUCUCCGUGCAACCCUCCACAGUUGCAGCAACAAUAUUCAGGAGUUCCUCCUCCCGGGCCUGGAGUAAUGGUCAUGCAGCUCAGCGUCCCCAACGGACCUCAACCAUCCCAAAAUCCUCCUCUGGUGCAGUGGAAUCCAUGCAAGUACUACAGCAUAGCAGAGCAGAGACCCAACAAACCCGGGGAGCUGUACAAACCCGACAACACUCCUCAGGCCAGUAACCAGUUGACGAGUCCCUUGGCCUCUCCCACUCAGUCUCCCACCCCGUCUCCCUCCGGCAGCGUCAAUAGUGUAUGUCCAGGCCUGGGGCCGUUGCCCCUAAUCUCCCAGUAUCCCCGGCCAGGAGGACAAGCUCAAGGUGACAGUCGAUACUCUCUAUUGGGGCAGCCUCUACAGUACAGCCUGUGUCCACCUCCCCUCAUGCAUGGCCAGUCCUCCUAUAGCUCACAUCAGAGCCAGGGAGUCAUGAAACAUGGGGCCAGAGGGAAGAAACAAACACUCAAAUCUGCAUCUACAGACCUGGGCACCACGGAUGUUUUGGUGAGUCGAGUGCUGGAAGUGACGGACCUGCCAGAAGGGAUUUCGCGUCCAGAAGCUGAAAAGCUCUUUAACCAGCUGUCCAUGUGUGGUGCCAAAAUCCAGUGGCUGAAGGAUCCGCAGGGGGGCCGAGGAGGCACGGGACCCUGCCCUGGCGCGUGCCCUUCCGUGCCAGGAGCCUCGGGCGGUCCCAUGAUGGGGGCCGGAGGCGUGAAGGGAGAUUGUAACGACCCGGCUCACCUCUACACGGUGGUGGCGGUGUUCCCCAGCACCAUGGCCGCCCAGAGUGCUUCCUUCAAACUGAACAACAGCGCAGCCAGCCUCUUCAAACUGAGGGCCGCCAAAAAAAACUAUGACCUGCGCGUGCUGGAGAGAGCCAGCUCUCAGUGAAGGAGAAGAGCCAGGGAGAGAACGGAUGAGACAGACAGAGAGACUCUUGGUGGACGAGAAGAAGACCGGACCGGGGAGGGGAGGGGUCUGUUGAAGUGUACCACAAAAGAAAAAAAAGAAGAAAAAAAGAUUUAAAUAAUGUGUCAAAUGUAUAAAAGGGAAGAAUCAGGUGGCUGGUGUUUGGUUGCAAAUAUAAUUUUGUUUUUAUUCAAUGUUUUUGUUUGGUAUUUAUAUCGCAGAAUAGCACACAAGACACGCGAGCAUGUGUUUCACUGUUGACGUCGAGUUUGUGCUGCUGAAACAACGGAUCAAUAAGAAACACUCACAUACAUCCUGGGAGAGACCAACUUGGGCAGGAACAGGGUCACGUAGCACACCACAGAAACACACGCACACACACACACACACAGACACACACCCACACUGGACAGUCGACCUCAGUCCACUCCCUCCCCGACCCCGCGCCUCCUCUUCCACCGACAGCUCUCCUGCCUCAAGCCAUCGCCCCGUCGUCUCACAUAUUUAUAAACUUUCAUACGCACAGUUGCGCACUCUUUCUGCUUUCCGCUGCUCCUUCCUCCUUUCUUGCCAUGUGUCAUCCUGCUUCUCUCACGUACGCUCUCACUGCUGUCUUGCUUUCUGUUUGCCUUACUGCUGUUGUGGGUUCCUGUAACGCGCCCUCUUCUUUUCUAAGACCUUUUUGUUCUUUUGGGGUUCAAUAUAUUUAUAUAAGUGAUGUAAGGAAUAAAAGAAAUCUAUAUAUUCAGUGAUUUAUUUUCUUUCUAUCCUCCGAGUGAAAAUGUUAAGGCCUUUUAUUUAUCCCGCCAUCGCUCCCCCGGCCCCGACAGACAUUUGUUUUCCUCCUGACCUCGGCACGUCACUUCUUCUUCUUCCCUCCUCUCUUCCUUCAUCCCUAACAAUCCCUCCUGUUGUGUUUUUCGUUGACAGCUGUGCAGAAAGUUUCAGAAGAAGUAGUUAAAGUGCACAAUGAUUGCAUAUGUCUACUGUACAUUUUAUUUAAUCUGUUAUUUUUCUGUUUGUUUUUAAAAAUAUAAAAGUCCAGAAAAAAAAUCUAUGAAAACAUCAGCUGUGUCAUGUGAUUCAUUGUUUUGCCCGUGAGAGGAUGAGAAACGAACACGAUGCUGAUUUAAGCCGCCAGAGCUCUCUCCACGUGAGCCUCGACUUUUAUCUGGCUCCUGCAGUAAUUCAUGUUCAAAUCCAGAAGGCUUUAAAACGGCGCGGUUGUUUGAAGACACAGCCCUUUCUGAGGGAAGCCUCUGAAUCGCCUCAGUACUGUCCACUGGCCAAGCUGGCGC